AUGAAUUAUUCAACUUUCUUAAAUAAAAAUACCUUUCCAGAUGAAAGAAUUGAUGAUGCCAUUAAUUUAUUAGUUUAUGGAUGUGAAGUUCAAAAAAUAAUUUCUGGUAAUAAAUUUGAGAAAUUAUUCAUCUAUAUGUCUCAUGAUGUUAGUUAUCAUCUAAUUUAUAUCAUAAAUCAAUAUACAAAUUAUAUUGAUUUAAGAAAAAUUAGAUUUAUAACAGAUGAUAUACAAGAUAAAAAAAAAUUCACAGAUGAUAAAUCUGUAUUGUUAUAAAUCUUUAUUAAUGAAGAAUGUUGGUAUUUGAAAUUUGAAAAGUCAAAACUAAAAGAAUUAUGGUGGUAAGGAUUAUAAUAUUUUUAUAAAAAAGCAAAAGAGGAUUUUAAAGAGUAUAUAUUUUGCAUUAUAUAGAAAAUUAUAGAUUAAAAUGAUGGCUUGGGAAAUAUUCACAAAAUUUGAUGAAGAUAGGGAUGGAUAUUUAAAUAGAGAUGAAUAAUAAGGAUUUAUUAAUUGGAUAAAAUUAAUAUAUCCAGAUAAAAGUUUAAUUGAAAAUAAAUGUAUCUAAUAGAGUUUUAAGAACAAAAUAGAAUAUAUUUAAUUUGAAGUACCAUAUUUUUAUUUAUCUAGUAAAUUGUUUAAGUACUUUAUAAAUAAUCUAUUUUAAUUUACUUGAACAAACUUUAUUUAGAUUCUAAAAACCAAAUAACUGAAUUUGAUUUUAAAAGAUUUCUGCAAACAUAAAAAUAAUAAGACUCGGAUUAACUUUUUGAACUUCAUUUUCCAAUGACUGCUGAUAAAUUCAAUGAUUUUCUCUUCAGUUAAUAAAAUUCUAUUUAUGAGAUGGGUCAUUCGGAUGAUAUGACAAAACCUUUAUCUCACUAUUAUAUAAAUAGUUCUCACAAUACCUAUCUAACGAAAGAUUAAUUGUCAGGAGAUAGCAGUGUAGGUUAAUAUAUAAUUGCAUUAUUAAAUGGAUGCCGAUGUUUUGAAUUAGACUGUUGGGAUAGUUUUACUGAUAAGAAUCCAGUUAUUUAUCAUGGUUAUACUUUAACAUCAAAGAUUUUAUUUGAAGAUGUAAUUAUGGCUUUAGAUAAAUUCGGAUUUCGGUUUUCUUCCUACCCAAUUAUAUUAUCUUUAGAACUACAUUGUAGUAUAGAUCAAUAGGAAGUUCUAGGAUAGAUUAUGAAAUCAUAAUUUAAAGAUGAACUCUAUAUCUAUGAAGAUGGUCUAGAUGUUCUACCUUCACCAGAAAAACUCAAAAAUAAAUUCUUAAUCAAAAGUUCCGGUAUUUUAGAAGAAUCUUCUAAUAUGCACAAAACUAAUUAAAUAAUUCGCAAAAGUAUAAUUAAUUAAAAUAUUAAACAAUCAAAAACAAUAGAAUUGAUUUAAUUAGAUUAAGAUCCAGAACCUGGAGAAAUAAGAGAGAUUGCAAAAAAAUAAAGAAUCAAUAAUAAAAUUUUAAAAAACCUUAAUUAUUAAAAUAAGCACAAAUAAUUAAUGAGAUAAGAGGGUAUUUAGGAUUUUAAAAUGACAGGUGAUUAAAUCGAUAUGGUGAUACCUGUAAAUAUGAAUGUCAAGCAUCAUCCUUAAUUUUUAAGUUGCAUUAGUUUAUUUAAUUCUCCAUUUAAUUUUGAUAAGAAAAGAACUAUUUGGCAUAUAUCAUCAUUGAGUGAAGAUAAAGUAGAAAAGAUCUAUAAAGAGAAAAAAGUUAAGUAAAUUUAAUAAAGUUUAAAUCAUUCUCUUGUCAGAAUAUAUCCAUCAGGCUUAAGAGUCAACUCAAGUAACUAUGAUCCAAUUCCAAGCUUUAUUUUAGGGGCUUAAAUUAUAGCUCUUAAUUUUUAAACAAAAGAUGAAUCUAUGUUAAUAAAUUAAGCUAAAUUUGAACAAAAUCAUGGUUGUGGUUAUUUUCUUAAACCUAAAUACUUGAUUAAUGGACAGGACAACAUCCCUGAUUUUGAAUCUCCUGAAUAUCCAAAAUAAUUAGUUACUAUUCAGAUUAUUUCUUGCUAACUAUUUUUAUUAGAUAUCAAAACCACUAUAAAUUCUUUUGUAGGUGUCACUCUUAAAGGUAAUAAAGUAGGUGAAAAUGUCUAAGAAUUUUAAACAAAUAUCAAAUAUAACAAUGGAGUUAAUCCAGAAUUUGAUCCAAAUUCUUCAAAAAAAAUUUUUGAAAUAAAAAAUGUGGAUUAAGCUAUUUUUAUAUUUAGAGUAUAUAAUAAAAAUGAAGAAAGCAAAUAAACAAUUAUUGGAUAAUAUGCAUUACCAUUUAGAAAUAUGAGAUAAGGAUAUAGAGCAAUCCCAUUAAAAGAUGAAAAUUUGUUACAAAUGGAAUAUUGUUAUAUAUUUGCUUAAAUAAGCAUUUAAUGAAUUAUUAUUAUUAUAUAAAAG